AUUCCGAAGAACCACAUACCUGUUCAUGGUCCUGACCACAUGCGCUACUCACUGAACUACUUGUCAAAAGUUGGGUGCAUGUAUGGUGAAGGCAUUGAGUCAAGUUGGUCACACAUGAAUCCAAUCACAUUGAGUGCACAGGAGAUGGGC